AUGUCAGAUUCCUCUCCUGGCCCAGAAGCGCCACGUAUCUUCAGGGAAAUUGUCGACACAUAUGAACCUUUGCAAAACCAAGAUCCGUACAAGCAAGUCACCUUUGUCCGACUAACCUACCAAUACGCACGCUCCGACGCUUCGAAAGCCAAUUUUCUCCGGUUUUUCUUCGAGCACACUCAGAUUCCGAUUGAACCCUCGGAGAGAGAUUCGACCUCGACCUCCAGCUCUGACUAUGGGCUCCGUCUAGCCGCGUUUGCAGACACUCUAGUUGAGAAUUUCCUCCUUCCGUUGAAAGCCUCGACAAGAAAAACCCCUCAACCUUCACCUGCGGUAGUCUCUGACCUGCAAAGCCGACAGUCCUUUCCCGGAACUACCCAAAGGCUGGCCAGCUUGAGAAGGGAUUGUCUAAUCCGUGAUCAUCACCGCUGUGUUAUUUCACGCAUAUUUGACUUUAAUGAAGCAGUACAACGUGCCAAACGCGAUGGUGACGACAAUGCACAAGAUGACGAGGGGAAUCCGCUACGGUGGGAAAGCGGCAUUUAUACCUCGUUAGAGGUAGCACAUAUCAUCCCUCAUUCGUUGAUGGCUGUCUCAAGUGAAACAACGGAGUUGAAUGAAUCCAAAAGACUCGCGCUCGCAAUUCUGAACAUGUUUGAUGAUGGUGUAGUGAACCUCAUCGAAGGCACUGAUAUUGAUCGCUCGCUUGACGCAAUAACCCUGACCCAUCUUCUUCACCAACUAUUCGGUGGGUUUAAGGUCUUCUUUGAACCAGUGGGUAACGAUCCUCAUCCUUACCGGAUCGAUUCCACCCUCCCGGACAUAGUACGCCCUCGGAUCUUGCCCGUCGAGCGAACUCUUUUCCUCACCGAAUCCCGAACGAUCGAUCCUCCUUCUCCACGGUUGCUCGCCGUUCACUGCGCAAUCACGCAUAUCCUUCAUUUGAGUGCUGCUGGAAGUCACAUUGACAAAAUCCUUCGAGACCUUGACGAGGGAGAUGUCUUAGUAGACGGGUCAACUCCAUUGGGAUAUUUCGCAGCUUUGCGCAUUCAUGGCUGGUGGGAUGGGCGUAUUCGUGGCUAUUAG